AUGAGUCGGAGGAAUAUCAAGCGCGAGCCGGUAGAGAGGGCAGCUGUCUCCCCUGUUCCCACCACCGCGACGAACAAGAUGAGGCCCCCGUCACCAGUGUCCACCCGCAAGCGCGCCACGCCCCUUGAGGAAGUCGCCGAUGCCAGAUCCGGGGCUUUCUCUUUCACUCGUUCGCAUGCCCCCAGCGCCGAGACGGCAUGGCACCGUAGAGAGGAGGAGCAGGAGCCCAUGUUACUAGAGAUGAGACAUCGACCCGACGGCUUGAACAACGGUCAUGAAAGUCCCGCCUCCUCUCAGACACAUGACAACAGCUUCGCCCAGCAGAGUUUCGCCCACCCGACCUUUACUGACAUCGGGAUGAAGCUCAAGGCCUGCAACGACACGCUGGGCGACCUGCAGCAGCUUGGUGUCUCUCACGUGGCUGCUCUUCCCGAGCUGGUACUUGUUGGGGACCAGUCGGCAGGCAAGUCAAGCUUGAUGUCGGGCCUGGCCAUGGUCAAUCUCCCUCGGAGCGCCGGCGUGGGUACUCGCUGCCCGCUGCAUAUCCGUCUGAUUGGCAGCAACAACGCACAUUGGAGCUGUACCGUCUCUCUCCAGCAGGAUUACGACUUCAAACCAACGCCUGGCAUGCGAAUCAAGAAGUCUGAUGUCACCAAUGCCAACCCCUUUCCUCCCUGGGUUAAGAAAUCUCAUCGAGACACCAAGAUCUUCAAGACCAUUUUCGACCAGACUGAGAUUGAAGAGGUGUUACGUUGGGCGCAGAUCGCAAUCCUGAACCACAAUCGCAGUCAUGAACUGUUCAUUCCUGGAGAGGGCUCCAUUGCAAAGGAAAAAGAGCUGGCUGUGGCUGCCAGCGAGACGGAUGCACAGUUCUCGCCCAACAUUGUCGCGUUGGAGAUCAAGGGACCGGGCCUUCCUGAUUUAAGCUUCUAUGACCUACCUGGAGUUUUUCUGUCGCCAGACCAAGAAGAAGACGAGUACGUGGUUAAGGUCGUCCGAAACUUGACGCGAGACUACAUUCGACGCGAAAAGGCCAUCAUCAUGUGGGCACUUCCUAUGAAUGCCGACCCAGAAAACUCCAUAUCGCUGGGUAUCAUCCGUGAGGCCAAGGCAUCCGACCGGACUAUCGGAAUCAUGACCAAGGCAGACAAGCUCGCAGACGACAACAAGUCCCAGUGGCUUGCCAUGUUCCGAGGGGAGAAACAGUCUGUUGGCCACGGCUUCUUUGCGACCUCACGACCACCGGAGGAGGCUCUCGAGGCCGCUACGAAGUGGGAGGAAUUGUUCUUCAGCCACGAAGUUGGAGGCUGGCCUGCUGACUUUGCGGACUACGCAGAACGGUGCGGUGUUAAGCUGUUACGAGAAUACAUUUCCGUCCAGCUAGGGAACGCCUUCUCUCGCAGCCUGCCGUCGAUCAAGAAGAAGGUCUACCACCGACUGAGAACUAUCGAACAGCAGCUCGUUGACCUUCCCGAACUUCCGGCAAACGUCGAGCACGAGGUCAAGAAAAGCCUGUAUCAGUUCCUGAACCGAAUGAAAACAGCUAUCAAGGACUCGCAGUUCUCGUCUCCUUGGAACACAUUAAACGACCAGUUUGAAAGUUGCAUUUUUAAGAUCAAACCAACUUGUCAGGUCAAGGACCCCGAGACACAGACAAUUGAUCUGUCAGAUGCUGAUACAGAAGCAUCGGCGGCUACGCCCUCGAAGCGACCCCGCCCUAGCGACUCGACAGUGCGCACGCCCAACAAGAGGCAACGGCAAGGCAACGAGGCUACACCUGUCAAACACGAGAGUUUCGUCGGAGUUAGUGGAAUCAACGGCACCCCUCGGGCGUCAUUUACAGCCAACACCCCGACAUCAGGGCCGCCAAGUCCGUUUGUGCGGUACUUCCACCUCGGCCGCCUAGCAAUGGACAUCAAGGACAUCCGAAGUGAGGUGAUGAGGAAGAAGCGGCCGGGAAUGCCCCGUGAUCUCGUCCCCGAUGAAGUCCGUGAAACCAUGUGCAUGAACGCCGUUAAAAAAUGGGAAGCACCUCUUGAGGCAUAUAUCAGCAAGACGGCUGAGCUUCUCGAAAGAGUUGCAAGCCAGGUCCUCGAGGAAUCUCUCGGGGUUUUGCGACGUCGCCUAAUAUUCAAGGAGUGCAAGGCACACCUGAAGGAGUUCCUGGACGAAGCCGUUGCCUACGAGCGCGCUCGACUUUCCGAAUUAUUCGACUCCGAGACGUAUCAGAUAUACAUGAAGAACGAGGACGCGUUCACUCGCUACAAGGCGCAGGAAUUGGGCGAGCUGAGACGUGCAAGAGCCCUCAAUCGCCUCAAGGACGUGGCUCUUAUCAAGUGGGAAUACAACAUCAAAAGGACGGAGGACAUGUCCGAGGAAGAAAAGAACGCCGAGCGCAAGCUAUUGGACCAGCACCUUCCCAAGCUUGGGAAAGAUCCAUGGGAUACAGAGAUCGAAGUGGCUGGCUUCGUCAGAGGCUACUACAUGACCGCGGCCACCCGAUUCGUCGAGAGAGUAACGAUGGAUGUGAAUUCGCGACUCUUCCGGACCAUAGGAGAAUCAGGGUUCGACAUGUUCAUGGACCAGAGGCUAGGUGUCUUUGGCGCAGCUGAUAUCAACGUGUACAACCAUCUCAUGGAAGAAGACGAGCAAACGGCGAAGACUCGAGAACAACUGAAGCGCGAGAUGGACAAGCUGGAGAGGGCCAUGACUAGCAUCAACGACCUCGAAAGCUCGUCGAAUAGUGCUAGCUUCAACGCCCAGCCCCGUGCUCACGCUGUGGAGAUGGAAGAUGUGACGGACGAAGGCGAGUUGUGA